AUGGCUUUUGGAUUCAGCAAAACCCAGGGGGACCGCAGUGAAACUCCAAGGCCACACCUGCAUACACCUGGCCCAUUGUCCCAGGCCAGGUGAGCAAGAGGUCUCCUUUCCACUGACAUCAUUGCACUCCUGAUGUUGCCAUAAAUAAUGCUGUGACCUCAUGUCUCCAGGGGCUUGGGGGCCCCUAGCAACGCUGGUGAGGAGGAGCCACAUUAUCAGAGAGUUUUUAUUUCCUUUUGCCCCCUGAAGAUUACAGAUCACAAAGAGGCGAAUGAGAAUAUCAGGUAAAAUAACUCCUGCGCAUUCAAACUGGCUGCCUCUGGUUGCUAACCUUCAUUCUGACAGAUUGUUAUUGAACUGCCCUGGAUACUUUCCUUUUUUUGACGAAGGGUGGUGUAUUUUAUUCCCUAAAAGAAUAAAAUAAAUUGUGGGGUUGGCCAAAUAACAGCCCAUCAUGAUAGUAAGAUUCCAUAAAGUUUGGAUUCAAUUUGCUCCAGGAGUUGCCGUCGCUUAGCCCCAGAACGUGUUUUCAGCCCUAAAGAAUCUCAGUCUUAGGACAGGAGAACUAAUGAAGGCAAGGAGGCAUCUGAACAUACGCAAAGUGCCUUUCCUUUCACCACUUGAGUUGCAGCAAGCAGUUCCUACCCCUUGUUGCACACCAACCCAACCACCUUUUUCUUGCUGCUCCAGCCUGACGCUCUGCGACUACAGGAGACGCAAGACCCUCUUGGGGUGUCGAUGCGAUGCCAUUGUAGCCUCAGGUUACAUAGAUGUGUAAAUAAACCAUAGAUCCUCAAGACAUCACAGUCUCCGCUGCCCCUCAAUCCCAAAAGGAAACACAAACCCUGGGUGAAUGCCUGGAACCCGUGGACUCUCGCACCACGGAGAUUGGGUUGGCGUGCAGCAACAGGGAGGGAUUGCUUGCUGCCCCUCAAGUGGUGAAAGGAGGGGGGGACCAAAGGGGUUCCAAAUGAGCAAACCAACCAGGGGGCCAUUUCCUCUCUUGCAGGAUGACCUCCUUCCUGAAGAAGCUCCGGGGCCUGAAAAAGAAGGACCAGGAAAGUAAUGAGAACAUCCAGGAGAGCAACCAGGGGCAGCGGGACAAGCUGGAGGCCCCGUCAUCUAGUCUGCAACAAAGUGCCACCCACGACCCGGCUGGCCGGAGAACCUCCCAGCUCUUGCCCAUGCUGGUGAAACCUUCCCAGUCACCUGCGGAGGCCAGGAGGAAAUCUCAGGCCCCUCCGGUAGUCUUCCCAGAGCUGGUCCAGCGUCAGACCAGCACUGUUCAGCCAGUCAGCAGCAGACAGGACUCCAGGCAGCAGCGGCACUUGUCCCUGGGGAAAAAGAAGAGCCCUGAGGAUUCUGGGCCAGUGUUCCCAGGUGAGUAGGCAGACCCAGAUCCCCUUUGGGUUCCCCUUGGCAAGGCCUGCGUCAUCCGAGGCCGGGGUCUCUCUUGGUUUCCUUGAUCUCUGGGCGCAAGUCCCACCCACCCCACCCCUCCUUUUUAAGAGGCGUGUAACAUGGAGCAGGGACUUCUGGGUGUUUGCCCCUGUUCUGUUCUGCAUUGCUGGGGGUUGGACUAGGUGACCCCACAGGUCCCUUCAAACGCUACAGUUCUAUGAUCCCUUCUCAGUUAUGGCAUGCAUCCGCUACCUGCACUUUCCAGAAACCAUUUUUCCCAGUUUGAUGAAAGGGGACAAAUUCAACACAGCGCUAAGCAGAUUGCCACAUUUGCUCAGACAUUUCUGCUUUCCUGGUGGGACAACCUACCCGCUCCUUCCCCCCUGCAUGCUUUGUUCUGGGGGUUCGCCUGCCUACCCCUGAGCCAAUUAGGGGGUGCUUGGGGGGCAUAUGGGGAGAAGAGAGGGUGGGGGAAGCCCAAUUGUGCUAGCAGAAGUCCAGGGUGCAUGGAACGUACACACAUGUGGGAAGUGUCUUGUAAUUCUGGAUAUGCAGGAGUUUACAGUGAAGAGCAACGACAAAGUAGUACUAGGAGCUGUGGGGAGCUCUUUCACUAGGAGGUCCCUGAUGAAGGCUGGAAAUGACCCUCAGCCACCCCAGAAAGACCCCUCCCCUGAAAGUUUACCCCAGUAUGAUAGACACCAGGUGGUGCCAUUUGAAGCAUGCAGAGAUGACAUGGUGCGGCCACCCUUUGGGGCUGCCUUUGCCGGUCCGAGGAACUGAGCCGUUGUGGCAGUUCUGUGGCCCCUUCCCCACGACCUGCUUCCUGAACCUUCGUCCGGAUCCGUUUGCCAAAGUUUGUGGGGAUGUUGAAUGAGGUCAGCGAGUGAGCGCUCAUCCCAAUUCAUUCGCAGGGAGAUGAGACAAUGUCGCAUCAAGAAAAUGCUAGCUCCCACUUUCCAUUCUAGUUUCCCUGUCACUUUUCCCACCACGAAAAAUGUCCGAUUUGGAGUCUGUUGGGGAGCAGGAAGUAGGUUCAUUGUGCAAAUCGCUUCAACCGAGCAACUUGACUUUGCCGACGUGCCAUUGAAUCCCAUCUGAAAGGAGCAACUGGAAGCCCCCUGACAAAGAACUGACCUUUCCUCUCGUCUGCCUCACUUACUCACCUUUCUCUUUCUCUUUCUCUUUCUCUUUCUCAAGAACUCUCAGAUGAGAAAUUUGGAUACUUGUGGGCGGGUAAGAAGCUGCUGAGAGGAAGAUCGCUCAGAGAAACUUUGGAGAUGUUGGAUGAGCGGGAAAUUUUGGACACCAUCCUCAAACACCUCCAGCCAGCUCCCCAGGUACGUGUGAUGCAGGGCAAAGGUAAAGGUACCCCUGCCCGUACGGGCCAGUCGUGUCCGACUCUAGGGUUGCGCGCCCAUCUCACUUAAGAGGCCGGGGGCCAGCGCUGUCCGGAGACACUUCCGGGUCACGUGGCCAGCGUGACGAAGCUGCUCUGGCGAGCCGGCACCAGCGCAGCACACAGAAACGCCGUUUACCUUCCCGCUAGAAAGCGGUCCCUAUUUAUCUACUUGCACUUAGGGGUGCUUUCGAACUGCUAGGUGGGCAGGAGCUGGGACCGAACGACGGGAGCUCACCCCGCCACAGGGAUUCGAACCACCGACCAUGCGAUCGGCAAGCCCUAGGCACUGAGGUUUUACCCACAGCGCCACCCACAUCCCUUAUGAUGCAGGGUAGAGUUGAUUUAAAUCAAAUCAAUUUAAAAUCAUGACUCAAAUCACUGGCCAGUAAGAUUUUGGGAAUAAUAAAUGUUCAGAGUUGUUUUUUGCAGUUAUAUCAAAAACUACUUAUUUGGUUAUACUGUUAGAAAUGCAUAGACAGAUAAUUAUGAUAUUUCUAGUCUAGUCUAUUUCUAGGCAUGCAUAUUUUUUAAAGAGAAGACAAGUGGCAAAUAAAUGGCAACCGUUCUCUAGACAAAAAAACGACACUUUUCUUAAUUUUAUUCCCUUUUCUUUCUGACUUUAAAAGCAGACCUCCAGUGUCCACAGAAAAUCGACUAUCUUGUCCCAGGAUUCAGCUGCCUCAAACCUGAGAGCAGCAGUCCCUGGCCAGCAAAAGACCUCUAAGUCAGGGCAUGAGAAGGUAAGUUCUGAGUAUCGUAGAUGACACCGGGUGGGGUGGGGUGGGGUGGGCAGCAUACAAUCUGAGGAAAGAAGAACAGAGUUUUACUUUCUUUCUUAGCACAGGCCUUGUACAUAGCAGGGAGACACUGAACAAAACAUUCAGAGGCAAAGCUCCCUCAGAACUACCAAGCCAAUCAGAGUGCAGGCUUCCUCAGUAAGCGUCAGCAAGCAAAACCUCUACCUUUCCCUCUUUUGGUUAUUUGGCUUGAACAUGAACACAAUUCACCUGGAAUGACCUCCUGUGGGAAGGGUGAACUUCCAGCAAAACAUUUUCUUCAAGGAGCGUGGGAGGUCGUCCCCCCACUCCUGCUUAGCACACUCAGGCCCUGAGGGACAAGCUAGAGAGGGCCGUAAAAAUCUGGUCUCCAGCUGUUUUUGAACUACAGUUCCCAUCGUCCCUGACCACUGGUCCUGCUAGCUAGGAGUGAUGGGCGUUGUAGUCCAAAAACAGCUGGAAACCCAAGUUUGGGAAACCCUGAUCUAACGCUAAUAUUUUAAGGAGCUUUGAACAAGGGUUCUGUGGGGGAAGCAAGAUCAUUCAUGGGGCAUGAGGGUGCUUCUAAUGUCUGGUGCAGACGGAACUCUGGUUUCUUCUGAGCUCAUAGGUCCACAGCAGUUGGCUCCCCCUUUCCCCCUUUGGGAAAAGAGAGGGGGCAGAGCGUUUGGCAGUCUCCCUCAUUGAGCAAGUUGACCAACUCUGCCUCUUCUGGCUGUCCCCGCAGGGAAUACAAGGAGAUCGUCUGAACGCAACCUGCUGCUCAGGUUUUCUCUCUGUCUUGGCAGCCAACAACUGUGGCGUAGGUGGGGUGCCAGAAAAGAGAACACCCUCUCCCAAUUUCAGUCAUGCAGGGUGGGUGGGGAGACCCAUAAGAGGCUGCGGGUGCAGGUACUAGUUUUCUUAAAAAGCGGGAAGAACCUAGGGUCAGUUUAUCUAGGACAAAAGUGUGUCAUAAGAACGAAAGAGGAGCUUGCUGGGUAAGACCAGCAGCCUGCGCAGUCCAGGAUCCUUAUCUCACAGUGGCCAACCAGAUGCCCAUGGGAAAUUUGAAAGCAAAAUUCGAACACAGAGGCCUUCCCCCUCCUGUGGUUUCCAGCAACUGGUAUUCAGAAGCAUUCGUGCCUCCAGCUGUGGAGGCAGAGCAAUUAGGACAUGCUGAACUUUUCAGCUUUCAAAUUCCUCAAAUGAGGGGUACUAAAGAGUUGUAGCAUGACUUGGGAUUUCAGAAGAUACUGUGGUUAAAUUAAUAUAAUUUAGUUUUGUGUGGUAAGUAAACUGUGUGUCAAAUUGCAUACAAAUCAUUAAAACAAUUGUCUAGUACUUGCAAUCUAUUAUUAUUAUUAUUAUUAUUAUUUUAUUUAGCAUUACCUGACAUUUUCAGAAGGUAAAAUUGAAAUUCUUUGGUUUUCGAAAAGCAGUUUAUGUAACUGGUGGGGUCUCCUCACUGUGACUCACCCAAACCUUCCCCACCCCUUAGACUGUCCUCUAUAGAUACUACGGACUCAAACUACGGGAUUCCAGGAACAAAGAUACAGUCCACCAAUACUUGCACUUACUUCUAAAGUUGCCUCUUGAAGAGGAAACAGUCAGAGAGGUGAGUGAAUUACUGUGUUCCCAUAAAGUCCUAGGCAGUGCUACACGGUUUUGACAAAUGUACACGUUUUUGCCAGCAGAUCCCACUAAUACAGCACAUUUAUUCAAACAUUGGUUGGAUGACUGCAUCACAAAAUUACCUGUGCAAAUUUUGAAAGAUAGCAAUGUUUUGUCUCAAAUAUUGUUUCUGAAAGUGCAGAUUGACGUGUGUUAUGAGAAUGAUACGGUCUAAGAUAUAAAAUAAAUGUACCAAGCAAACACAUACAUAAAUACAUAAACCGCAUGCCUGAAACAGUACAGGAAAAAGUCCCGAAACCAUUUUGUCUCUCCCAAACUGACCUCAAAUGUUUCUCUGCAAGGAGGGAGGAAAUGAGAAAAACCUCCCCAUUGUCUCUUUGCUCACAAAUCCUGCCAUAAGGGCACAUUUAAGAUAUGAUUAGGGUGAGCCUGUGACCUGGACUCAGGAAUUAAGUACCGUAGUUUUCAUCACGAAAGAAUAGCCAGGCUGUCCAGGUAAACCCAUUAACAGCCAGGUAACCCCACCAACAGGUUUUGUGUCAGACAGGAUUCUGUUGUGGAUCUCCCCUUCUCUGAUGUAUGUAUGAUAUAUGGGGGGGGGGGGCAGGUCUUGGGCUCCAGGGUGGGCAAAUUCAAAAUGUCUUGCGUGUCAUUGUAUGGGGUCCCUCCUGCCUCCUGCGUGUGGUUGUGAGCACCCUGUUGCAACAGUUCAUAAAGAUCAGGCUUACUAGCUGCUUUGGUUCUCAAGAUUCUCUGGUUGGCCUCUGUUAUUUUCUCCUACUGAUAGAGAACCUGCAAAAGGACUCUAUGGGCUCUUGGGUACCCCAUAAGGGAAAAGGAGCAGUUUUUUCCUUAUAACACAUGCAUCAUUCUCCCUAGGGAAUUUCUGAGGCUGUCGGUGUGGCUUCAUACUGCCAUUUAUCUCAGAUGCUGAUGGCGCUGCGUGAUUUCGGCCACGCAGUCAUUACAAGGAAGAUUGAGAUGUCUGAGGUAAGGGUGUCAAAUGAGGAAGGAGCAUUGCAAGAGUGUAGCUCAGCCACCCCCAACCUGGUGCCCCUUCCCCAUCCAUGUGUUUUGAACUGGAACUCCCAUCAGCCCCAGACAGCAUGGCCAAUGGUUAGACAUGAUGGGAGUUGUAGCGCAACAAUAUCUGAAGGGCACCAGGUUGAGAAGAUCCUGGCAGAUUGGGUCCUUAGCUGCUAUUUAGAUCCACAUCAAAGCAUACGAAACAGCCUCUGGGUUCCUGUUAUCUAGAACAGGCAUCCCCAAACUCAGCCCUCCAGAUGUUUUGGGACUACACUUCCCACCAUCCCUGACCACUGGUCCUGUUAGCUAGGGAUGGGAGUUGUAGUCCCAAAACAUCUGGAGGGCCUAGUUUGGGAAUGCCUGAUCUAGAAAAACAGAGCUGCGUUGGAAGAGAAUGAAUCCUCCUCCAUUUCAAAAUAUGCUCUUUUUCAAGGGAUGUGAUCCUUACCACUCCAAUAAAGCAAUUAGAUCUGCUAAUGCUCUCAGUAUGUAAGGCCAGAAACUUCCUCUGGGUGUAUGCCUCAGCCAUCCUUCUAAAGUGGGCUCCAGCAGUCCUGUCUCUGUGGCUGCAGAUCCUAGAUCUGAUCUGAUCCUUUUGCUCAGUCAGUCAGCCAAACAGAUUCGUUAGAAACCAUUGGUCAUCCCCAAAGUACAAGCAAUACAAAAGUGCACUGACUCAUGUUUUUAGCUUGGUUGUUGGAUGGUUGGCUGGCAUUUCUUCAAUAUGGAAGCUAAUUUUGGUGGGAGGGGGGUUGUCUCCUGGUUACCAUAGAAGAUAGAAUCACAGAGUUGUAGAGUUGGAAGGGACCCCAAGGGUCAUCUAGUCCAACCCCCUGCAAUGCAGGGAUCUCAGCUCAAGCAUCCCUGACAGAUGGUCCUCCAGCCUUCGAUGAAGGAGAGCCCACAACCUCCUGAGGGAGAGUGUUCCGCUGUCAGAAAGUUUUGAAUGGAGAACCUCUUAGAGUUUGGAAGAGGGGACACCUCUCCAACUGAGGGGAGGGAGCAAAACCCAAGAGAGAAGGCAGUCGGCAGGUUGGGAGAGGCAGAGAGAAAGAGGUGAGAGGUUUCAGCUGCAAUCGGAUUUUGAAAAUGGGGUGCUCUCGGGCAAGCAUUCAUCUGCCUUAUGGGAGUGCCUGCUGGCCACAUUCCACUAUGUUUUAGAGUAGACCCAUUGAAUUUAAUGAACAUGACUAAGUUGGGCCCAUUCAUUUCAACCGGUCUACUUGAAGCAAAGCAUAGUUGAGUAUCACUCUCUGUGUUCACCUCCAUAUAUUUGUAAAUGAGGCGAAUUGUUACAAAGGCAUAGUAACUGCGUGCACAUCUAACAGUUCCAUAACCUGAGGGGGCCUUGGGGUCGUGUGCCCCUGACUCUCCACUUCUCCUCCAACCCAGCUGGAAGGAGAUCAGAACCUUUUCCUUCCAUUUUCAGUUAACUUCCAUCAAGUGUUACUUCAAACGCCCCAAAGGAUGGUUAAUAUUCACUGUGAUUUGUUCAAAGGAGCCAAGAAAAAUGAAACCCAGGAGUGUGUUGCCCCAAACUCACUUUCCCCACCCUUUCCCUCCAGAAUACAGGGGAGAGGAAUGCCAGUAUCACCAUCAUGCUUUGCUACGGGCAGAUGGCUCUUGGGGCGCGGCCUGAAGACCUCCUGCGCUUCAUUGAGCUCAUUGUGGCAGAGCUCCUCUUCCAAUUCCAGAACACCAGGAAGGUAUGGCUCUCAUUUUCCCAUGGACUUCUGUUGCUUGUUCUCUCGGCACUGAGCAGACCUCCUGAACUCCGUCCUUGCACCACAUGCCUUCAGACUGUGCCCUAGGGCAGGGUCUCUGGCUUCAUCCACCAAAGGGUUGUAGACUGACUCCACACGUAGGACCAAAUGGGGUAUUACAGUGGUACCUUGGUUCUCAAACUUUAUCUGUUAUGGAAGUCCAUUCAAAAAACAAAGUGUUCCAAAACCAAGGAGCGUUUUCCCAUAGAAAGUAAUGCAAAAUGGAUUAAUCCGCUCCAGACUUUUAAAAACAACCCCUAAAACAGCAAUUUAACAUGAAUUUUACUCUCUAACAAGACCAUUUCUGGGUUAGGCUUAGGGUUUAUUUUAGGAUUGGGUUCGUGUUAGGGUAAGGAUUAGAAUUAGGGUUAGGGUCAGUGUGACUUUAUGUUUCCUUGUGAUUUUGAUUCAAUCUCAAUUUUAUAAAAUCCCUUCUCCUUUUAGGACGAGGCUCUGAAAAAGGGCCUUAUGAAGGCAGCCAUUCUAACAACCAAGGCGCUUGUGCAAACAAAUGUGGGACAUGUCAUCUUCCCGCACAAAGCGGAGCUCACCAUCUGCAUCAUUGUGAGUAAAGAAAAAAGGAGGGGAAUCUCCUGGGUUUUUUUUUUUCCAGAGUGUUUUUUUUUUUUUAAAAAAAUAGCUGUGUAGGUCUAGCUCUGGUAAAAUAUCAGGGUUGCAGGUUCUGAGCAUCUGGCCCCAAACUAUUUCUGGGUGGUCACGUUCUGCUCCAGCUCAAGUUUCCAAACCCUCUUGCAAGGCAGCCCUCCAUUGUGGCAACCUCAGCAGGAUGUCACCAGCGCUUAAGGAAAAGAGGCUGGGUUCUCCCAGGAGGAGAGGGCUGUCCAUGGUGCCUAACCAUGUUUGCUAUGUUCUACCUCCACAGUGGAAGGAAGCAAUGUUUCUGAGCAUCAGUUGCUGGAAGCCCCAGGUGGGGAGAGGGCUCUUGGGCUCAUGGUCUGCUCCCUGGUUUCUCACCUCUGUGAGAACCGGAUCCUGGACUAGAAGGGCCAUUGGCCUGGUCCAGAAGGCUGAUCUUAUCUUCUUAUGAGGUAGAGCUCUGUCCAGGUGAAAGAUGGAUCUGAUUCCCAGAUCCAGGAAACCCACUCUUCUCCCCUGGGAGGACCCACUUGCCAACUGCAAAGGUGGUGUCAAGUGGGCUGGGCUGGAGAGAGAGCACAAGUCAGGGCCUGGAGUGGUGGUGGCAGCGAUGGUGCCUCCAGGUCUCUGACGUGCUGUGUGCUUCCCCACAACAGGAAGUCAUUGAAGAGGAGCCGUUGGGAUCUUUCUCUAUUUCUGUCCUGCACCACGCCAUCAUCACCGUCAGCUGCAUGACGUAAGUACAGGGAGGUACUUCUCACUGCCCCACCUAUUCCUGGUCCUUCCCUUGCCAUACACUUGGCCAGACACACUGCAUAUUUGCUCACCAGGUUUAUGGACUGCUGGGUGCUGAGCAUUUCCUCUCCUUUCUCUUUCCUCUUCAGUGCCGUGAGACCACCUAUGGACUCCAUGCUUCGGUCUGAGCUAGUGAAAAAAAGUAUCAAGAAGGUGUUUUCGUUGCCGUCCUUGAAGCUUACAAAGCUCAAAGCCGGGAGUCCCAUGCAAUCAUCACAGAGCCAGGUGACUGGACCUCCUAGGGAUAUGAAUGGAGGAAAAUGGGGUUGCCAGGUUAAAGGAUUUGAGGGCAGAGAGUCUGGGCCGUGUAAGCUACAAAUAAUGCUGCCACAGACACUUGGCCCAUCACAAUGAUGUAACAACCAGAGACUUUGGGUGUGUAUUUUUGAUUUUAAUCAUGUUUCAAUAUUAACUGCAUUUAACCUUUGGCUAGAAUGCAUCCACAAAUGAUUCCUGCAUGCCUGCAUUUUGUGAUUCUCAUGCCUCCCUCCUACACUGCAUUUAAUUUUCUUUGUUUGCUUGUUUGUUUAUAUGCUGCCCACCUGACUGGGUUACUCCAGCCACUCUGGGCGGCUUCCAUCAAAUUAAAACACAGCAAGACAUCAAAUAUUUAAAACUUCCCUAUGCAGGGCUGCCUUCAGAUGUCUUCAGAAGGAAGUAUAAUUAUGUAUCUCUCUGACAUCUGAUAGGAGGGUGUUCCACAGGGUGGGCCCACCACCGAGAAGGCCCUCUGCCUGCUUCCCUGUAACCUCCGUUCUUGCAGUGAGGCAGCUGCCACAAGGCCUUCUCAAUAAACAACAACAACAACAGCCCCCUCUGAAGAUUUGAUUGCUAUUGCAACGGAGGUUAAAGAACGAUAGUUAGGGCCAAAUGGUUUGGGACACCCCAAGGAAGCUGAGCCCAGUGUGGAGUCCUGUAUCUUUAUAUCCCAUGACCUGUAACCUUUCUUGGUGUAUGUCAAAGAACGUUUGAUGUUUAUGACUCUGAGCGCUGUGUUUGAACCCCUGCAUAAGCUUUGUUACGAAUUUGCUGAGCAGCUGGAGGGCAAGGCUGCCCUAUUGCAGUAGCCCUAACAUAUGAAGCUUGCUGCGAUUCUCUUGUUUCUGUGUGCCAUUCAAAAGGUGUUCCCUCACCUGGGCAAUGGACAGGUGGUAUAGAAAUAAAGUCUUACCACAACAGCCCCCCCCCCCGGUGGCUCUUACCCUCUUUUCUCAUUCUGGCUACGGGCUGCAAAAGUACUUUUCUUUCUUUAUAAAGAAAUAGAGUUGAAGAAUGUGUGCUUCUCCAGAUGUGCUGCCAUUGGCCCCAGUCAGCAUAGAACCAUAGAAUCGUGACAGGUGGCCAUCCAACCUCUGCUUAAAAACCUCCAAGGAAGGAGGGGGCUGUUGAGCUCACGUCUUGCUUGUGGGUUUCCCACUGGGUCAUUGCUUGGCCCCUGUGGAAAGCGGAUGCUGGACUAGAAGGCUCCAGGGCACAUGGGAUUUCCACGGGGGUCUUCAGCUUUUAACUGCUUUUGCUUCUCUGCUUUCAGGACUUUUAUCAGCAGACGGUCAACGCCUGCCUCAACAUGCUCACCAGCUUGCUGUCGGAGGCCCCCUCUCUGGAGGCGCUGCAGGAUAUAUUAGUGGUAAGGGAGCCCCCAAGAUGUCAGAGCAGGGGGAGGCAGCAGAUCCUGUUGAAAUUAUUGCACAAGGGGCAUCUGUGCCCAGCUCACAGGUUGUGGAUGCUGAUGGUGAACUGGGCCUCUGUUCUGCUAGGAAGGCUUGUGCAAAGCACACAUCCGUUUCCUUUCAAAGAUACGUCCUCUGCUGCCGAUGGCAUUAGGGGAAGGGCCGUGGCUCAGGGGUAGAGCUUCUGUUUUGCAUGCUCAAGGUCCCAGGUUCAAUCCUCAGCAUCUCCAGGUGGGGCUGGGAAAAGACUCUCUGUCUAAAACCCCGAAGGGCCAACUGCCCAUCAUCAUUACCUGUGGCCAACACCAAGGUUGGUGGAUCAAUGGCUGGGCUUGGUCUAAGGAUGCUUCCUGCAUUCCAUGGCUAUGGAUGUGGUGAGGUGUAUGUUGUAUUAUUGUAAUUAUCACACACACAAACACACAAAUGACAGAUCGCAGGGCAGUUCACAACAUGAAAAAACAAAAUGAGAACACAAAAUACACAAUAAAACAAAAACAAACCAACAGCCAAUUAAUUUCUAAUUCUAUUAAUGUUCAAUGUGUUUCAUUUAAUGGCUUCUUUUUUCUAUAUCUCAAGUUGUUCUUAUUUUGUUUGUAAGCUGCCUCGAGUCCCUGUCAGGGAAAAAGGUGGGGUAUAAAAUAAUAAUAAGAAUGAUGAUGAUGGUGAUGAUGAAGUAGAACAAAUUGCAGCAAACUUUCUCCUUUACAAAACAACCCCUUUUUGAAAUUUGUCCCCUCUAUGGUCCCGGCAUUAUUGAUCCAGCCAGUAGCCAAAGCUUUGUGAAUUUGCAAACCCGGAUUAAUGGUUGUCCUUCUAUGUGAUGAUGAUUAUUUCUCUCCCGCAGCACACAAAUGGCUGGAUUGACUCCACAAAAAUCUAUGAGCGCGAAAGAGCUGUCAAGAGCACCAGCUUUCUAAUGAAAUAUGUUUCCGAGCAUUUGGACUUUGAUGUGAGUGACCAAGGCUUAACGCUGCAAUUUCAUAUUUGAUUUUUGUAAAAUGUAUUAAAUUUCUAUACUGCUCUUCAUCUGAGGAUCACAGGGUGGUUUACAAUAUAAAUACACAGGAAUACAAUAACAGAUCAUUCCGAUUAGAUAACGCGAAUGGGUCUUUUUUCAUUUUCGUUUUUAACUUGCUUUAACUUGUAUUUAACUUGUCGGAUUUUCUCCGGAAAGGGUAAAUCUAGAUUCAAUAGAGGUAGGUUACAGGGUGGGAUACAGGCUAGCAUUUAUACUGACAUAAUGUUUUAUGGAUGCUGUGUAAGACACUGUGGUGUAGUAGUUAGGGUGUUGGUCUGAGACCCGGGUUCAAAUCCCCCUGCUCAGCAAUGACUCUCAUUGGGUGUGACCUUGUGGGCCUGUGACUGCCUCUUGGCCUAACCUACCUCUCAGGAUUGUUGUGGGGAUUAAAUGAGGAGGAGGAGGAGGAGGACCACCUUGAGCUCCCUGCAGAAAAAGCUGAGAGGUAAAUGCAAUAAAUAAAUAAAUAAUAAAAUUAAAACUUGCAUGUGUUGCGUGCCUCGAGGGAAGUGAUUCAUUAGUGAAUACAAUAAUAACUGGUACUAAUCAGCACCGAUCCCACAGGAAAAACCCUUCUGGAAUCAUAUCCAGGGCAGAAUCAGGCUAAUCGGUCUAACCCUCGAGCAAAUAUGAGGGUUGUGUGUGGAAAUUCCCUUCCUGACCUAUGUAGAUCAUAAGAACAGAAGAAUCGCUUUGCUGGGUUCGCCAAGAAACCUGUUUAGUUCAUCUUGCUAUUUCCAACUUCAGACAGAGGGAUGCCUCUUGGGAAAUUUCAGCCAGGGUGUUAAAUUGAGUCUGCAUCUGUGCAUGAGAUAUAUAAUAACAUAGCAAGUUAGCAUCUCUCCCCCUUUCCCUCUGGUUUAACAAUACUCCCAUAGAUGUUCUCAGCGAUCAAGCUGGGAUAUAUGAGUUCCUGACAUCCUGAGGCAGCCUGGAGCUCAGAUGGUCAGGGCUUUGUUAAUGAAUAGAAGAACCUUGAAGCUGCCUCAGAAAUAGAUGGGCCACCAAUGCAGCUGUUUUAACAAUGGUGUCCCAUGUUCUCAGCCCGAGGCCCCCACCAGCAAUCUGGCCGCAGCACUCUGCACGAGGUGGAGCCUGUGAAGCAGAUCCAAGGGCAGACCCCCCCCCGAAUACUUUGCAGUAAUCUAGACUUGAGGUUCCCAAAAUACAGACUACAGUGGUCAGGCUAUCUCUGUCUAGGAAGAGCCAUAGUUUGCAAACCAGACAAAGCUGGUAAAAGGCACGCCUAGCCCUAGAAGAUAUUUGGGUCUCUAGCUGCCAAGAUGUAUCCAGGGGUACCAGAAACUAGACAGGUAAAAAGAGAUUUGGUCCACCCAGGAUUCAAGCAUGUUGCUUUUAUGAAUUGUGCAUUUCUGUAUACCUUCUCCCGUAACGUCUGCGUUUUGUUGUUGUGGUUUGGAGAACUGCAUUGCCAAAUUUCUGGAUUUUGAAGGAAAACCUGUGUCUUGGUUGGCGUAUUGCUUUGGAAAGUUCAGGUGUGAACUAGAUGGAUUUUCCCCUGCUCCCCAAAGUGGUGUGCCUUGGCCAUCCCGGGGAAGGUGCCAGCCAGUGCUAUUUUCCUAGAAAAAGAGGUGCCAGGACUCACCAUGAACUCACCUCCCUCAUUUUCUUACAAUGACAAUAGCGCCCACCUGAGAGGUGCCAGAACUGAGUUCCAGUGAGUUCUGGCUGGGGGAAAGCCCUGGCGCAAGCCUUGGGUGGGCCACCUAAGCCCAGAUCUCUUGCCCUGUGCCUCUCUGCCACCUUUGCCGCCUGAAAGCAUGCCGGACGGUUUUCUCUUGCUGGGCUCUGUGGGACGAGGGCUGACUGUGCAUCUCUCUCUGUCUCCACCUCCUAGAUAUCCCCGGAUUUCCCCCUUCUGGGACAGCUGGUGGGGCUCUUGUCCCUUCACCUCGCAGACAACGUGAAGGAGAUUGGUCUGCAGUCAGCGGAGGCCUUGUACCAUCUCCAUUACAUCAUGAUAGCCAAAAUGGGUGAGGGGGGUGCUGGGAAAGGGGGUGUUUCUUGCAAGCCGCAGGGUGGGAGAUCGGCAGCCCUCCAGAGGCUGCUCCAACUCCCAUCAUCCCUGAGUGUUGCCCAUGCUGGCUGCUGCUGGGGGUGAUGGGAGCUCAGGAGGGCCAGAAUUCGUGCCAGCCCUGGCCUAACGCAAACACCCCGUUGGCCAGAGACGAGAGGUCAGUCUGAGGGGAGGGAUUCACUGCUGAAGAAGACAAGAAAAGCCGCCUGGAUCAGACCAGUGGCCCACCCCAGUCCAGCAUCCUGUUCCCCCAGGGGUUGACCAGAUGCCUCUGGGAAACCAGUAAGCAGAAUUCGAACUCAAGAGCUCUUUCUUCUCCUGUGCUUUGCUGCCUCUGACCGUGGAGGCCGAGCAUAGCCAUCCUGGCUAAUAGCCAUGGGUAGCCUUCUCUUCCAUGAAAGCCAUCUUGGUCCGUGGCCAUCAGUGCCUCCUGUGGCAGGGAGUUCCAAAGUUGAGCUGUGCACUGCAAGAAGGAGGACCAUCCUGAAACUUCAGUUUCAUUGGAGGUCCAGGAGUUCUCGUGUUAGGAGGGAGAGAGAGAAAGCUUUCUCUCUCUCCACUUUCCCCUUGCCAUACAUUGUGUCUCCUCUUCCUCACCAUUUUUCUAAACGGAAAACCCCCCAAAUGCUGCGACCAUAGAGCUCUGCAACCACCCCAGUCCUUUUGGUUGCCCCCUUCUGAACCUUGCCCAGUUCUGAAUUAUAAUUUUUGAGGUGAAAUUGAGAAUCUUUUUGUGGGUCGCAGUGGGGAAACUGGGGGGUUUGUGCAGGGAGCACUAAUGCUGUGUUCUUUUGCCUGCAUAUCCCCAUCCCUGACCCCGUUUAGCUAAGAAGGUGGAGAUGAGGCAUAAGAACAGGAAAGGCAACGUGGUCAAAUGGUUCCGAGAAGACUUCUUCAUCCCUGGGCCCGCCAUCUUCUACACCGACAUCUCCAAAGUGGCCAAGGUGAGUGUGGCUUUUUGGACUGUUUCUUGCUAAGGCCGCAGCCAGCUCUCAGUUAGCAGCCCACGCCUUCUAGGAGAUGAGGGAGAGAUUCAGAGCAGUUCACAUUUAAAGCCAAAGCUAUCAAAUCCAGGCUUCCUGAAACAAUAUGAGAACGGAAACAUAAGCUGCCUUUGAAAUUCAUACAUCCUUGAGUUUUUCAGUGCCAUUUCCUGGCCAAACAGUGUCUACAAAAAGGAUUGUGCAAGCUAAAAGUGUCCAGAAAAUGAAUAUAUUAGUGUAAAUAACAUAUGGAAAUGCAUUGUAUUAGAAUAAAUCUUUUGAAGCCAAGCGCCCAUUGGUCUAAACUGCAUGCCAAAUUCUACUUACAGUGGACGCUUGGGUUGCGAACGUGAUCCGUGCAGGAUGCACGUUCGCAACCCGCAGCAUUUGCAACCCGUGUUUGCGCAUGCGCGGGUUGCGAUUCAGCACUUCUGCGCAUGCACAAAGUGGUACUUCCGGGGGGUUUCGGUGGUCUGCAACCUGAAAAAACGCAACCUGAAGCAGUUGUAAACUGAGGUAUGACUGUAUUCUAAAAGGUCACAUUACACAAAACGAUAGAUAGAUAGAUAGAUAGAUCCCAACCCCAAACUACUCAGGCACUGCCACAACUGAGCCCUGGAUAGAGAUCUGUAUACAUUACAAGCUGCAAGCUGCCAGGCCAAUGGAUCCUGCAGUUGAUUUGUGGAGUAGCCCUAGCUGUGCAUCUGAUGGGCCACUGCGGUGAGGAGAGCUGCUUCCCUGCAUGUCUGACCUUUGCUGGAUCGAGGAGAGGCAGGGUGGUGCAGUGGCUAGAGAGACUGACCAGGUGCUGGGAGACCUAGGGUUCAGAUCCCCACUCAGCCAGGAAACUCAUGGGGUCAGUCACAGUCUCUCGGUCUAAACUACCUCAUGAGGAUAAAAUGGGGAGGAGAGAGAACCAUGGAUUGCCACCUUGGGAAGAAAAAGAGUAUGAAAAGUUGACUCAUUUGGUGCCCGUUUCAUGAGGCACUGCCAAGCCAAUGGGCUAUGCCAGGCUUUCUCAACCUCGGCCCUCCAGAUGUUUUUGGCCUACAUCUCCCAUGAUCCCUAGCUAGCAGGACCAGUGGUCAGGGAUGCUGGGAAUUGUACUCUCAAAACAUCUGGAGGGCUGAGCUUGAGGAAGCCUGGACUAUGCUAACAUUGUGGUGGAUGUUUUUGACGUAUAUUAAGAAAUAAACACACAGCCUGCAGGUUCCCACCUAAUCUGACUUCUUUUGGCAUUGAUUGAUUAUAUAACUGAUAUCUACUAUUACUCACCCUCUCUGUUGUCUUAUUUUCUAGUCUGACUUUAGAUUGUACCUCUCCAUGUUCCAAGGUCAUAACCAGUUUUAGAUGGGGAUCGAAAAUAGGAAGGCGUCCCCUGACUCCUAGUUUUGUUUGUUGUGAAAUCUUUCAGUUACUUAAAUAAACAUUUAAAUAGAAUCAGAAUUGGAGAGUUGGAGGGGAUCCUGAGGGUCAUCUCAGGCAGAGUGGAUGUGUCUUUCACUAGGUUUGUCCCUUGGACUACUGAAAAGUGGUCAGAUGCAGAGCAGAAGAAAACUCCCUCGUCUUUCUUCUUUGUGCCAGGCUUUUGGGGAGCACCUCGCGCCCAGCCAGAUCAACGAAGUCGUGUUGAAGGCGAUUGACAACCUGACAGUGGAAGACAGAGUCAUCUCUCAGGCUUCAGGAAAGCUGCUGAGUUCCUUCCUUGAGGAAUGCGGGAUGGACAUGGAAGAUGUAAGGCUCAAAAUGGAGGCAGAGGGAAGCAGGUUUCCUCUAAAUUAAACAUUCUCUUUGGAUGUAGAAUCAGCUUGUUUCUAGGGGUGUAAGAAGGCAUUGAUUUCCACGUUUGUGGAUUGCGCCUCUGUUUCCAUUCUGCUGCAGUUCAGCUUCCAAAAAACAACCACCAUGUUUUUAAUCUCAGUUUUGUUUUGUUUGUUUUUCUUGGGGGGGGGUUAAUAAUCACUUUGAGCAUCUUUUUUAUCUUGUCAUAUAUCAUUCCCCCAAAAUCCCUCAUUUUCUUUCAGGUUCACCACACUUUCUCAUCCUGGUCUUCUUUUAUCUUCUUCCAGCUGCCCAUAGUUGUGAAGGAGAUUUACAACCAUCUCCACAGAAUAUCAGACACCCGCACUAAGGAUGAGACACUCACAGCUGUGGUCAACCUUGCUGCGAAGCGCCUGAACCCGGUCGUAGAUAGCCUGUUGGACUGCUCACUGGAGUGUGAUGAGUAAGGGCCUCUUAGAGAUGAGUGUGUUAUGGGGGGAUAUAUCCAUUUUGCCUGCAAAUCUCAGGGCGUCUCAGAUGCCCUGCAUAACCUGCGAUCCACCAAGCCAGGCCAGAGCCCAUCAGCCAUAGAUGGAGAUUUCCCAACUCUGGGGCAUCUCCCAGGUUUUUCAAGUAGAGCUGCCAACUUUUUGUCCCCUGGAAACUGCUUGCUCUGCAGGAAUGAGGCUUUCUUCCACGCUGUGAAAAGCAGUACCCACUGUGGAUCAAACCUCUGUUCAAGAUUCAGGUGGAAGCCAUGCCAGGUUUUUCACACACACACCUUCUGGGCAGUUGCGAGGGACAGGGAACAAAUUCCGUUUGGGUCACUUUUAAGUGAGAGCUUACGUCAUUUGCAGUUUCCAAAAUGAGAACUGUCGUAUUUCAAAAUUCGCACUAUUCUGAAUUUUUCAAUGCAGUUAUCCAGUCAAGUAGCGCACGCGCGCACACACACACACACACACACACGUAGGCACACAAAUGCAUGAACUGGUGGAAAUAACAUAUAGAAAGACAUAAAAUUAGAGGAGAUUGAUUUGCAAAAGGUGUUUAAGAGGCAAAACUGGACAUGAAAAUCUGCAAAGUGGAAAUGGGGAGAGCUGAAUUUAAGUGGGCUUUCUUAAUUUAUAUUUCCAUUUCAUACUUGCAAAAAAUUGUGCCCCGAGUUACAUAUCAAAAAGGGGAAUAGUAGUUUCUUUCUUUGCUAAUGCACGUGCGAUAUAAAGGAAAUACAGAAGGCCUGACUUUUUUUAAGAAAGGGAAAAAGGAAAAAUUCUCUUUUGACAAAUUGCAGAAGUGCUGCAGCGAUCUGGAAGGCCUUGGUCUCCGAUCCGUACUCCAGCAUCAAGCUGCUGAGACCCCUCCUGAAAAGGCUACAGGAUGAAGACCCCAACGCAGAAGUCACGUACAGGCGACGCAGUACUUCUCAAAUGCCAAUUGCGGUACGAAACCACUCAGUUUCUCUCUCCUGGGUGGUUCUUGAAUGGGAGCUGGAUGGGGCUGGGGCUUCUGGCUGGGGGGGAGGGUUGCAUCUUAAUAACUGGCCUCUGGGGUUCUUCCCAGCGGCAUCUUAGUGGUCCAUCGCUGUGGGGGGUCUCCUGGAGCACAGCCCUGGCUCAGGGGCAGAACACCUGCUUUGUAUGCAAAAGGGCCCCAGCAUCUCCAUGUCGGGGUGUCCCUCGCCUGAAACCCUGGACAGCCUCUGCUAGUCAGUGUAGACAAUACUGAGUGAGAUGGACCAGGGGUCUGAGUCGCGUCCUGCAUAGAGAGUUGGGAGAUCUUGAUCUGACGAUGUCCUCCGCUGAAUGCUGUUCUCCUGUCCUUGUCCCUCCAGGCUACCAACGCUUUGUGUCUGAUCCUGUCGCUACCUGAGGCUUCGGAUGUACUGCAGAACAAGUUCCCCCAGCUGCUGCUUGCCCUGAUCACUCAGAUCUAUUUUCUUUUUGGGACGAGCAGAAGAGUUUCGAGGGCGACAAGUCUCAUGCCGGAGCCCCCUUCGCAUCUCCAUCCGCUGGCGUAAGGGACCUGCCCAUGCAUUUGGGGUGGCCCUCCCUUCUCUCUCUGGGCGCUUGCAAGCCUGACCGUAGCAGUGAUGGCUCAGCCCUCCCCCAAGAGAUAGGCUUCACUUGGACAUGGAGGUUCUGCUUAGCUUGGGUAGCUAAGAGACCCAGGCUUCCCCAACCCCUGUGCUCUUCAGUCGCUUUGGACCACAACUCCCACCAGCCCCAGCCAGCACAACUCUGGCGAAGAUGGGAGUUGUUGUAGUCCAAAGGACACUAGGAUGGGAAAGGAUGUUGGAGACUCUCCCACGCGAUGGGCUGAUUUUGGCGUGGCGGGACUCACGUGUCAUGAAACCUUAAGUCUCCAUCGCAGCCGAAAGGUUGCAGCUUGUGCUGGAAACAUGUGAGAGGCUGCGGGGGCUGGUGGUUGUGGCUGGAUCUAUCAGGCCAAGCAGCUCAAGACUGCAAGAUGUCAAGGAGCUAAAACUCCCCAGAUGAACCUACCCAGACCUUGUGAUCAUCAUCAGAGGCCCCUCUUCAUGUGCCUCCUCCACGAGAAGUCCAGAGGGUGGCAACACAAGAAGGGGCCUUUUCUGUGGUGGCUCCCCAUUAGUGGGAUGCUCUCCCCAGGGAGGCUUGCCUGGUGCCUUCAUUAUAUACCAUUAGAUGCCAGGCCAAAAUGUUCCUCUUCAGUCAGGCCAUUGGCGGAUUAACACCCUACGCCCUUUCAGCUGUGUUUGUGAGAGGAAGAAGGAGUUAUUGGUUCGGUUUGUUCUUGUUUUUAUUAUUUAUUUUGUGCUUUUUAUCUUGUAUUUUUGUGUUGUGAACUGACCUGAGAUCUAUGGGUGAAGGGCAGUAUACAAUUUUUUUUAAUGGAUAAAUAAAUAUAAUAUUCUUAAUUCUUUCACUCGAUUCAGGACCACUGUGCAAGCUCUGAAAAACCUUAUUGGAUGUGGUGGCUACAUCAAAGAAUACAACAUUUUGGGGGUGCAAAGGUGCUGGGAUAUGCUGUCAAACCCAGAAAGCUUUUUCGAUGGCAUUCGUCUUCUGACAAGGUAAGACGGUGAAAAGGACUGGCAGGUGAGGCACGAAGAGCAGCCCACCAAGGCCUGCUUUCUGGGAAAUGGGGUUAAACUUAUUAUUUAUUUCAGAAAAUGUAUAUGCUGUUUUAUUGUAAUAAACAAACUUCAAAGCGGUUAAAAAGAAAAGAUAGGCAAAUAUUGAUUAGAAAAACUGACAACAAUAAUUUGAGACUUUUGAAAAGUUAAAAUAACAAUUGACUAAAACCAGAUUAACAUUUGCACCAGCUUUCUAAACAUCUGGGUAGGCUUGUCUAAACAAGAACGUUCUUAGCAGGUGCCCAAAAGAGUACAGUGAAGGCGCCUGUUUGAUAUCAAUAGGCAGGGAGUUCCAAAGUUUAGGUGCUGACACACUAAAUGCAGAGCAGGCAUUCUGUGGUGCCUGAAAGAGUGCCAAUUCCACCAGUUGAAGAGGUCGAGUGGGUGCAUAUGGGGUAAUGGAGUAAUGAACCUUCCCCACUGAAAACUCUGCUGGCUUUGGAGAUUUAUUUGCAAGAAACUGCCCUGCACUCUCAAGCAUCCUUCCUUGACAGAGAGAGCUAGAUAUGACUUGGGUGAAAUUGGAGAGGAGCAGAGGGUAGUGACUGGGGCAACCCGAUCAGAUGGGCGGGGUGCAAGUAAUGAAUAAUUAUUAUUAUUAUUAUUAUUGAACACUUAGUGGUUCUUCCUGCCAGCUUCAGGCUUGUGCAUCCUUUGUGUCUGAUUUUGUGUUUCAGGACCUUGUUCACCUUCUCCAAAGUGCACCUCAGAACAACUUUCAAACAGGCCAAUGCCUACUUGCGCCGCCCUGACGUAAAGGAGAGGACGGUCGGGAUGGCCUUCUUCACCGAGGUGAGAGUCGGAAACGGAGAAUGCCUGCAGGCGCUCCUGCUUCGCAACAACCGUUCCCAGGCAGGCAAGGAAAGCAGAGGGUGUAAGGAGGUCUCCGGAGCCACCAUUGAUGGCUGGCAGGCCUGCCCUCUGCCUGAGGCAGCAAUUUCUACAGGCCUUAGUUAAUGCACACUGCCCUCAGCUCUUAUCUAACUCCUUGCGCUUUGCUCCCCCUUUCAUCCCACCCAGGGGGGGCCCUCCCUCUGCCUGCCCCUCAGAGCCAGCAUGGCACACAGGGCUGGGCUUUGGUGGCCGCAGCCUCUUCUCCUCCUCACCUGCUUUCCAGCAGCCUCUACAACAGCCUUUCCCAACCUGUGGGUCCCCAGAUGUCGCUGGACUACAACUCCCAUCACCCCUAGCUAGCAAGGCCAGAGCUCAGGGAUGAUGGGAGUUGUAGUCCAACAACAUCUGGGGACCCACAGGCUGAGAACCGCUACUCUACCAGCUGCCCAAGGGAGGAGGCCAGCAGCAGUGACCAUGGAGAUGCCAUGGAGGGGCAACGAGAGGCCCCCUCACAGCCGCCACCGUCAUUGGGGACAAGCUCUGGCUCAUCCGCCUCCCCUGGCAGCUCUGGCAGGGAAAACAGGGACAUUCCGGGAUUAAAUCAGAAGCCGGUUGGCUUUCGUUAUUCCGGGGCUGUCCCUGGAAAAUCAGGCCACUUGGAGGGUAUGGGGUACCGGACUUCGGUUUCCGCGGCACAGAUUUCCUCCUGCCCUCACUACUUUCUUUGGCCUUGCACACAUCAAGUGUUUUCUUUUUCAGCUCCUUUUCCACUCAGAGAUAGGCUUGUUUUUCGUGAAGCAAGACAUUAUGGACGUCCUGAAGGAGUGGAUGGGGCAAGCCAGCCCCCUCAUGCAGCUCUUCAGCAUCCGAGGACUGGGCUACAUGUUGCAGCACCAGCUGGAGGUAAGAGAUUGGUGGCGGGGGGCACAUUAGGAAGCGGCGUACAAAUUAACCCCACAACGCUUUGAGGUAGCCAUAUCAGCCUUUCAAUGAGGCUGUUAAAAUGAGAUUCCUUUGUUCUGCUGCAGCCUUAUUCUCAGGUCCAGAUCAGCACAGGAAGGAAGCUGCCUUAAAGGGAGUCAAGCCAAUGGUCUGGCUACCUCAGGGUUGCCCACACUGACCGGCAGCAGCUCCCCAAGGUUUCAAAAGUCUCUCCCAACCCUGUGUGGAGAUGCCAGGACUUGAACCCGGGACCUUCUGCCUGCAAAGCAGACGCUCCCGCUCUGGCCCCUUCCCCUACUGGAGGCCCCCACCCUGCACAAGGACUCAGGAGAGAGCACCCGCUUGGGUUGUUUACUUUUGUGUAAUGCUUACGCUGUGGCUUUUUGGGUGCAAACUGCGUCUGCGUGCACUGACUUCUCUGCCGUGACCGUGUUCCCUCACCUGCUUCCUUGCUUCCUUCAGGAUGAGUCCUUGAAUCCCUUCAUCUCGCCCCUGAUCAACUGCGCUUACAAUCCGGACAAGAGUAUUGCCAAAGAGUCCAUUAAGUGCCUGCAACUCAUGUUCCACCACUUGGAGGGGGAGGAAUACAGCUUGGCCGGCUGCAGCCUUUACCCUCAACUCUUGAAACACUUCAAUGACGUAAGUCAACAAGCCUACUCGAAAUGGACUUCAUCCAUGCCCUGGUGCUUCCCAAACAUUUGGGGGGGGGGGCUGCCCCUUUGGUUCCAUAGCCUCAUCCCCAGUGCCCCCUACACUAUGAAAAGAAUCACAGUGGUACCUUGGUUCUCAAACUUAAUCUGUUCCAGAAGUCCGUUCCAAAACCAAAGCGUUUCAAAACCAAGGUGCGCUUUCCCAUAGAAAGUAAUGCAAAAUGGAUUAAUCCAUUCCAGACUUUUAAAAACAACCCCUAAAACAGCAAGUUAACAUGAAUUUUACUCUCUAACGAGACCACUGAUCCAUAAAAUGAAAGCAAUAAUCAAUGUACUGUACUAUAAAAUAAAUAAGACAGUAUUGUAGAUGAUUAAAAUUUAAAUAAUUUUUUUUGCUUACCUGCACUGAUGAUAGUCGUUGUUUGGAUGGGGGACUUUUAUCCAUUUCCACAGUCACACAAUCAAUCUAUCAGUAGCUAAACUGGGUUCCAAACAGUCACAAAAACUAACCAAAAAAGCCUCAAAAACAAAAAUGCAAAAUAAAUAGUAAAAACAAAAGCGCCAAAUACAGUGGUACCUUGGUUCUCAAACUUUAAUCCAUUCUGGAAGUCCAUUUGACUUCUGAAAUGUUCGAAAACCAUGGCGCGGCUUCUGAUUGGUGCAAGCGCCCUGAAAAAAAUAGCCGACAGCUGCAUCGGACGUUCGGCUUCCGAAAAACGUUCAAAAACUGGACACUUAUACUUCCAAGUUUUUGGCAUUUGGGAACCAAGGUAUUUGAGAACCAAGUUACCACUGUAUUCAGAAUAGAGGUUUGCACGACCCACUAAGGAAGAUGAUAACACAAAAUCGAAAUUCCUUUUUAUCUUCCUUCCUUCCUUCCUUCCUUCCUUCCUUCCUUCCUUUCAUCUUCUUUCUUCUCUCUUUUCCUUUUGUUUUCCUUGGUGUCCUCUGCUCAGGGCCAUUGAUUAUUGGGCUCUUUGGGCAUGGUCAACGGGGGAGGGGGGCAACUGCCCCUUCAAUCAAGCAAAUAAAGAAAAACACUUAAUUAACUGACCAAUCGCAUCACAGAUAGCUUGGUUCUUCUGCCACACCCCCCUCCCCAACAUAAAUACUGCCCCACCAACAUAAAUCCUGGCUACGCCCAUGUUGGGCUCCAAGGAAGGUGAUGGCUUGUUGGUGAAGGACCCUGAGUGAGAGACAGGGAAGGGAAGAGGCUGGGAGGGUUGACCUCUUUCCUGGUGAGACAAGGGUUAAGAGCUAUCCUUGAGAGAAGACUCUGCAUUUCUGUUGCUCUUUCUGUUUUUAUUUAGAUCAGUUUCCUUUUUUUAUUGUAUUAUGAAAAGCCUUAAUAAAGACUUAUAGGAAAAAAUAAAGAAGAUAAUAACACAGUGAAAUUCAGAACACCAGCUGCGCCGUCUUGCCCCUGCAAUUGAGGGGCAGGCGCUGUGUGACAUGCACAUGUCAUGCACACAUGCCACGCCAUGUGCCGCACGCACGCCGCAUUUACACCUCAAGCCCCCCUCUGUCACCCCCCCCACAAGUGAUCCCACUGGCCUAAUCUGCAAGACUUCUUGCUUCACCUGCACUUCAGGUGACUCUGUCUGCCAGCAGGUGCUGCUGGCAGAACUUUAGAUGCACCAGGAUGAACUCAGUCCGUUAAGCUUAACGGUGGUGGGCAAAGGCCCCCGGGGUUGGUCCCCUGUUGCGUGGGCCCAGCCAACACCCUCAAACAACCAGACCCAUCGUGAACGAGAAGCGUUUCCUCAGCUAAACUCCCUGAAACGGGUUUGCCCUGCACAGCACUUGGGACUGACUGGCGUUCUCCUCCUCUCUCUCCUCAGGAGGACAAUGAGCUCAGCCUUUGCUCCAUCAUUCUUUUCGGGAUGCUGUUGAGGGGCGUGAAGGAAGAGCACAGAAACAGGGUGGAGGACAUUGUCAUCAGGAGCCUCGUCCCCCUGAUAAUCCAGCUAACUGACCCUGUGAGCAGAGAGGUAGGUUGAGGCUGGAAGGGCCAGUCUGGGCAUCGCCUGGCCCCUUUGGCAAACUCCUUCUCCCUGGCAACUGUCGCACGCAGCUGGAACGCAGAGCAAUGUUUCUCUGCCUGUGGAAACCCCUUACGAUACCAAUGCUGGGUGGUCCUCGAAGCAUCUGUUGCAGCUGAGGAACUCUCCCCUUUCCUGGGAAUUUCAACAUGAGGAGCGUUGCUCUGCGUGUUCCAGCAGGGCUUGGAGAAUCAUCCCAUGCUGCCCCACAGAUCAAGUAAUGCGUAGACUGGUCUUGAAUGGGUGGGCCUCGAUUGUGCUUGGGUCUGAGUCAUCACCACACCUGAGGUCAGAAAAGUUAGAGAUCCUUGCAGAUACCAUGCUAUGGUUGGGAUUGUCUGCAAAAGGUUGGAACCAUCAGAGUCAUCGAACCGCAGAAUCAGAGUUGGAAGGGAUCCCAAGGUCCUCUAGUCCAACCCCUGCAAUGCAGGAAUCUCAACUCAAGCGUCCCUGACAGAUGGUUCUCCAACUUUUGCUUAAAAACCUCCAGUGAAGGAGAGGCCACCGCCUUCCAGGGAAGUUGGUUCUGGAAGUCUUCUGAUCCAGGCUGUUUAGCUUUAAGGAGUGGAAGCCCUGCAGGGUUGGUUUUAAAACCUGGUCAUUAGACACUAUUUGAAACACCAAGGUUUGAGUUUUUGGGUUUGGAAGCUAAGCCUUGACACCUCUGCUGUCACUGUGAUCAGCUGACUAGGCCGGCCUGGUGGAGGUUCAUUUAGCAGCCAGUAACCAGAGGGAGGGUCUUUUUCAGGGUGGCUCCUCUCUAUGGAAUCACUUCCCUUCUGAGCGCAGGUGAGCCCCUACAUUAGUGGCGUUUUGAUGCUUGUUAAAAACCUAGGUGAGCUCUCAGGGUUUAAUUCCCAGUGGGCUAGUUGUGUUUUUAACCCUACCUGGGUUACUGUCUGCAUUUUAUUUGCAUUGCGGCCUCAAUGCAGAUAUGUAUAUUUUCAAAGCUGUUGCAAGCCUAAGGCUUGAUGUGAAGUAAAAUGUCAUCCCUCCUUUCAAUUCUAGGAGUGUCGAAUUGUCCUUAACACAAUUGUCACCUUCCUGAAACUGGGGGAGCUGCCCUUUGACAUCUUUGAGUCUGUGCAGCAAGACAGACUCUACCACAGAUUCUCAGUUAUCUGCAAGUACAUUGUGAGUAAAAUUAACAUGGUCAACUGUUCCCUCCAGACUCUUUCACCAGAUUUCUUCAGAGGAGAAGAAAUUUUCCCACCAUUUCUUAAGUUUGGGACUCACUUACUUUCCUCCCAAACUGUGUGUGUUUGAUGUGGGCAGUGGGAGUUGCAGGCUUAUUUUAUUCUACUGCCUGGCUACUAUCAUAUUUUGUAUCCACCACAAUGCCCCAGAUCACGGCUUGGGUGAGGAAGUGGAAGAAUAUCUAGAUGAAAUUCUGCAAAAUAGACUCUUGAGAAAUGGUGUAUGGGGUGUGUGUGUGUGUUUUGAUUUUUCUUAGAAAGAUGCUGUGCAACAGCUGCAGCACUCCUAGCGGCUCAUCCCUCUCUCCCUCUGCUAAAUUAACCCCCCAGUUUUAUGCCAUUGUGGUGUAUUGAUGUGCAUCCCCCUGGAUCAGCUGUGGCUGCAGACCCUCAAAGUGUCCCUAUUUUCCAGGGACGUCCUUGUUUUAGAGAAGCCAUCCCGGUUUCUGGUUUGAUCCUGGAAUGUCCCACUUUUCCUUAGGAUGUCCCUAUUUUCACUGGAGAAAUGUUGGAGGGUAUGGAGUUAUCCGACCUCUGAGCCGUCUGAAGGAAUCCUGUAUAUCAAAGUUUUUUAACGUUUAGUGUUUUGUUAUGGUUUUAUGUGUGUUGGAAGCUGCCCAAAGUGGCUGGGGCAACCCACUAAGAUGGAUGGGGUAUAAAUAGUCAAAUUAUCAUUAUGGAAUGGGGCGUCCCUCAUUUCAUCAGAGAAAUGUUGGAAGGUAUGUGGCUGCAGCAUCUGCCUUCUCAUCUCCCUGUGUCUGUAUCUGUGGCAUCAGCAUCAGCCGGCCACAGCCACCAGCUUAGCCCUGCCUUCUCCAUCACAGAUGUCUUCUAAGACAUUUUGUCACUAUUAUCUAUGUGUAGCACAGCCGCAAACAGAGGCCCAGCAACACUGCCAUAUCCACAGUUAUGCUAUGGAACUCACUGCCACAAGACGCACAGCUGGCCACUAGCUUGGAUGGCUUUAAAAUAAGAUUGGACAAAUUCAUGGAGGGUGGCUCUGCUCUGAUUCCAUAGUUCUACCAACUAAACCAACUAAAUUUUUCUGUGCUCUUAAUACUUGGGCAUGAAGUAUGAUUCUGCAUUAUAUAAAGGCAGUAGUAUUACUGUGGGUGGCCAAUUCGAAACAAUGAGGUCAUACUUUUCAAGUAUUGUUUGGCCACCACGAGGGAUAGAAAUGCGUUAAGAAGCUGGAGUUUUACAAAAGACUAAUCUGGCACCUCGGCUGUCUUCCUGUCCACUCCCCCCGCCCCCCCAGUUGUGGAGAUACAAGCAGAGGUUGCCGGACAUGCUCACGCAGAUGAUGGAAUACCUAAAGAGCAGAAACCCUGCACAUCGCGAGGCAGCGACCAUAUUGAUAGGUAAUUGAAAACAAGGCUCUUGAGAGGAAAGGGGAUUUCAGGGCAUGAGACAGAAGUGGGAUUUCAGCUGGGAAACCUGGAGGCAGGGAUGCAACUCCAGGUGUCAUGCGCUGCCUAACUCUGUCCAAAGGAGAGUGCUAAAGGGAGGCUGCACCCAGAAAGUCAGGCGCUUCUCCAUUGUUGUUGUUGUUGUUUACCCGACCCAUGCCCCAAGGUCCCAGGGUGGGUUACCACUUUUAAAUACAGACAGUGACUGGUUUCUUGCGAUUGGUGCACCGCGCACACUGGAAGUGGCCUGAAAACGUCACCAAACAUCAUUAAGAUGUCACUGAAAGGGCAGAGCAAGGGUCGAAUGGGGGUGGGGUACGGCAGGGCGGAACAAGGGUGGGGUGGAAUGCUUUACCAAUGCGUGUGGGGGUCUGGAACAUAACUCCCACGCAAAAUGAGGAUUGCCUGUAUUGAAACAGAGACGUGCCCCUCAAACUUUUUGUGCCUGGGGCAAUCCCCCCAGUAACCCCCACUACGCCACACCAUUUCCCCUGUAUGGAAUCCUGGAGAGCCCCUGUUCUUCAGUGUAGACAGUCCUGAGCUGGACAGACCAAUGCUUUGACCCAGCAUCAGUCAGCUUCCCAGGUUCCUACGAUUAAACCAGCAAAUCGUGAAAGUGAUCCAGAAGUUGUUAGCCCCUUCUAUAGAGUACCAACAGCCUCUGUGCCUCAAGUCUGAUGAAUGUUUUUAAGCUGGACAAAGUAUCAAAUGCAGGAACUGAUCAUUUUCUAUUGAUCUGUCUAGCGUGCAAUGCACAGUAUAUGAAACCCGACUUGGUGAGCACCAAACAAAUUGACGACAUUUAUCUGGGUAAGGAUCAAACCGGCUCUUUUCCUUGCAGGGAUAUUUUCAUCACAGGACUACUUUUCCCAAUCUCAUUAAUCCCAGAUUAUCCCACUUUAGUUACUAUCAGCCCCUGCAGUCUCCUUUCCCUUCUGGAUUGUGAUUCCCAUGUUCUUCUAGCCACUAACAUGACGGGAAAUCUGACGAGUUUGUGCUGGGCAAGAAAUUGCAUUGGGAAAAUAUAAUAUAGUUGGAUUAGACCUAACAACAAAAGUUUUGUUUCUGUACACUUGGACUUGAACAGAAACAGUGUUUCUUUCUCUCUCUAACACCUGGCAUUAAUUUACCUAGCAAUGCCAAAGCGAAAUGAAUUGUCACAGUAGGGCGUGCUGAAUUUUUCAGCUUUCAAAAUCAGAAAGCAAGGGGUGCUAAAACGUUGUAACAUGACUUGGGAAUUCAGAUGUUGUUUGGGUGAAAUGCAUAUGAUUUGCUUUUGCUUGGUGAGUGAAAUGAGUGUAAAAUUGCAUAGAAAUCAUUACAAAUGAUCGCUAGGAACUUAGUUAUUUUUAUUUCAGCAUUAACGUAAUUACCUUACAUCUUCAGAAGUUAAAAUUCUUUGGUUUUUCCGAAAGCCGUUUUUUUUCCUGCUUCUUCAUCAGACAUAGACUUACCAUGCUAAAUGUUGUUCAGUCACAAAAAUAAUCACAGAUUUCAAUUCCUCACACCCAAAAACAUAUUUUAAACAUAUUUCACCCCAUAAAAUGGCAUGCGCUACCCAGGGAGCCCAGCUCACUUCCCCGGCUGCUUUUCUUUGCCAUUGCAACCCCAUUGCUUUGCCAUUCUCCUGUCCAGUACACCAGCCCCCUCCAGAUCUUGUUGGACUACAACUCCCAUCAGCCAAAGCCAGCAGAGCCAAUGGUAAGGGGGGGGGGGUCCGUAUGUGUCACUUCUCCUCAUCUCCACAUCAAAAAACGGCCAGUCCUAGAAACCUCCUCCACAUAAACAAUACUGAGCUCAGCAACCCAAUGGGCCUAACUCUGUUCCAGGCAGCUCCUUCUGUCCUUAGAAUGAGGGGUAUUUGCUCCUGACAAGAUCUAUCCCUGUCCCUCCUUUGAAUUUAUCUCUUUAAAUAUCUCUAUGUGAUUUAUAACCAGCUUACAAGAGGAGGGAGCGAUGGCCACCAACUUGGAUGGCUUUGAGAGGCAGAAAUGCUUCUGAGCACCAGUUGCGGGAAACCACAGGAGGGAACUCCACUUACGGGUUUCCUGUGGGUGCAUCUGGUUGUCCUUUGUGAGAAGAGGACGCAGGACACUGGCCUGAUCCAGGAGGACUCUGCUGUGGUUCUCAUGUUCCUUCUUCCAUUGCAGCUCUCCUGGACCUUCAGGGUGACUUGGACGUGGCUGUCUCAAACGCUGCGGUGGCGGCCAGCGAGGAGCUUUUUAGACGCUGCGGCGGUCGGAUCAAUCCAAAGAUUGUACCCAGCCAACAUCUCCUGUCCAUGCUAAAAAACAACAUGGCAAGGCAGUGAGACCGAGAAUUGGCCUGCCCAGAAGGAGGUCUUCAGAAAACGUGGGCAAGCAGGAGCAGUGCUUCUUGCUUUCCUAGUGCCACAAAGAGCAGCUGCAGGGCAGCUGGGUUUCCAUUUGAAUUGAGAGCACUUGUAGAGAACUUAAUGAAGAUUCUAGACAUUGCUUUCUGUGUGGUCUGCCUUUCUCUCUAGGAAUCAACCUUUUCGCUUCAACUUCUCCCUUUCCACAUGCCAUUGUUUUUAUAUGAUGAUUUUCUCUCCCCUGUCCCCUCCAUCCAGUGGAGAGCUGAUCACACUCAGAAGGGUAGCAUCCCUUACACAUGCCUUGCAUACACAGAGUAUACCUAAAUUCCUCCAAGAAAAAAAGGAAAGGGAAACCAUUGGGGGCUGGGAAGGGGUCUGACACAUUCCAGAAGUUUUGAGACAGCUACAUGUUUCAAUCAUUUUCAGUAAUAUCUGUCAAUUUGACUAUGCAUUGUCAGUCUGCUGCAAAUUAAGGUUCAGAAUAUUCAGGACUCUAAGACCUCUUGAUUGAUUGAUUGAUUGAUUGAAACAGUUCCUCUUUGAAACACCAUUGCGUUUUCCUGGCCAGUUUUAAUCUUAACCUCAUACCUGUCUGUGCCGCUCAGGAAGCAAGCUGGGAUGCAAUAGCGGUUUUGGAAAUGAAGCAGUGGGAGAUGAUUUACUUUUUACAGGCGUCCCAGAGGAAGAGGAGGAGAAUGCAAAACAGUAUUUAAUUAACACAUUGUCUGAAUAGUUAGGAAUAUAGGAGGAGGAGCUGGUCUGAGAUUUUGGACGCAAUUACGUAAUCAAGCAAAGGCAGGGAAAUCACCAGGACCUGAUAGCCUGACAGCAAAAUAUUACAAAAAAUACCCCCACAGAAUUAUCUGGUGCAACCAUAGCAAAAUGUAAUGAAUGAAAUUCUAAACGUAGGUAAGGUACCAGAGACAUUAAAAGAGGCUUUUAUUACAUUAAUCCCGAAGCAAGAGGCAGAUUUAUUAUUGAUUAGGAAGUACAGGCAGAUCUUGUUAUUAAACAACGAUUACAAAAUAUUUGCAAAGAGAAUUAAUUUAUUAGAAAUAGUACAUCAUGAUCAAGCAGGAUUCCUUCCAGGACUUCAGAUGAAGGACAACAUAAGGAAUAUAAUUGAUGUUAUAGAGUACCUGGAAGUGAGAAAUGAAAAACAAGUGGCCUUGAUGUUCAUUGACGCUGAAAGGCAUUUGAUAAUAUCUCUUAGACAUUUAUGAAUAAGGUACUAGAAAGAUGAAGUUUGGGGAGACAUUUAGAAGAGGAAUAGAUGCUAUCUAUUCAGAACAACAAGCAAGAUUAAUUGUGGACUAUGUUAUUACUGAGAAAUGUAAGAUCUUGAAAUGAACAAGGUAAGGUUGCCCCUUGUCAUCAUUCUUGUUUAUUUUAGUGCUAGAGGUCCUGAUGAGGAAUAUAAGAGCAAAAGAAACCAUCAGAGGAAUAAAAGUAGGAAAUAAAGCAUAUAAAUUGAAAGCAUUUGCGGAUGACCUUGCAAUAACGGUUGAAGACCCAAAAAAUUCAUUACUGAAAGUAUUAUGAAAUAAACAGGAAUUUGGACAGGUAUUGGGUUUUAAACCGAAUAAAAACAAGACCAAGCUCUUAGUGAAAACUGUUGCGGAGCAGGAUAAAAAGGAGUUACAACAGAUGAAACAGACAAAUAUACCUAAAAAGGUUAAAUAUUUGGGAAUAGGUUGACAACUAAGAAUGUUAAUAUAUUUAAAGAUAAUUAUGGGGAAACCUGGAAAGAGAUAAAAAGGAAUUUAGAAAUUUGGGGUUCUGGGCAGGCAGUCCCUGCUUCUGAGCCUGGCCUCCCUCGCAGGGCUGUUGUGAGGGGGGAGGAAGCGCCAUGCAAUGAACAAGAGAGGGAAGAAAGGCUCUUUGCGGCUCCAUCCCUCGGCCUUUUCCAUGGCAACCAGGGAUGCCACCUCCACCUUACCUAGGAUGCGGGUCACCCCCAGGGUCAGCUUCUCCAGAUGGGGCUUGGUGCUGCUGGAGCUGCUCGCGCUGCGCAGGGCCUUCUCCUCCAUCCUCUUCCUCCUCCCUUUCGCAUCAGCCCCUGACCACCUGCACACCUGUACGCGCAGGGACAGCAGCAGGUGGGCGUUUUUUGACUCCUCUCGCGACCCGUAGCUCAGAAGCCCCGCCGUGGUGGCUUUUGGGAAUCGCAGUCCUCCGUUUCAUUGAGUUCCAUUCGGCGGCCGUACUGUAGGGGGAAAGGAAUGGAGAGCAGGCACUACGACUCCCAGAAGGCAACGGGAGAGCCGGCUCCACCUCCUCCUCCUCCCUUUCUCCCCCACCCCGCUCCGAGUCCUCCCCAUUGGCCGGCUCCUCCGACUCCGUAUCUGAGCGAAGCCCGUUCCCCGUCAGCCAAUGGGAGCCGAGAGUCGGGCGCGGGGGCGUGGCUGGGCGGAGAGACGUUGGGAGUGGCGGUUGCUUCAAGGUAUCGGUUGUGGCUGUUCGUUGGAGUGAGGGCCGUCUCUUUACCUCAGGAGGGGCUCGCGGGGGGGGGGGGCGUGGCGGGAGGAGAAGGAAAAGCGGGAGGGGGGGCUAAUUUGACGGCGGGUCGAUGAUAAACGUUGGCCAAGGCUGCCGUGGUUCCUGAGCAUGUGCAGAGAGCCGCCUCCGUUGCCUCAGGAAAGACGCCCCGCCGAGCGCGGAGCCAGGCCCGGGGGUUCCGGGGGAAGCCCCCACUCCCAGGACGGGGGGACCUUGGCCUGCCAGCCUCUCUCUCUCUCGCCCCUCGCCCUACUCUGCAGGGCUGUUGUGAGGGGCCGGGGAAGGUCGCUUGAGGCGCCCUGGCGUCCGCAGGGAAAGAGCAGGUUGGAAAUGUUGCUGCUUCAUGUUCUAGUACAAAUGCUGCUGCCAGUAUGUUAAAUUCCCCUCUAGCUCCUUCCAAGUCUCCAUUCAGUGCACAGCGUAGCCACCCUAAUGGUCGCGCUGAAGGGAGACUUGAACUCGGGGCUUCCGGCUUCCCCGUCAACUCUGAGCUGCUGCAGCUGAAGUUUUGGUAACUUUGGUGCCUUCCGUCAUGGGGAAGACGGGGCUGGUGAAGGGAAGACGUAUAUUGAUUUCAUGGCCCUUGAGGCUUCUGUAUGUCUUGGGGGACGUGUCCUGUUUAUGAUAUCGUCCGCCUCCAUAGCCUCUCCCCUUCACCAAGUGACCCAAGUCUCGUGACCCUGCAAAACAGACCCAUAGCCUGUUCGUCACUCCCUCCUAGCGUCCUUUCCAUCCUUGGCACCAGAAUUAGGCGUCCCACUCGCAGCAGGAAAUGGUCCUACUUCUGUAUCAAGCUAGAAAUGGAGGCUCAGACCUCCAGGCUCCCAGAGGCAAAGUGAGUUGGUUCUUGGAGACUUUGCAUCACAGUUCUGCCAAAGAAGGCUAUCCUGCACUAGGUAGCUCAGUUGGUUAGAGUGGUGCUGAUAAUGCCAAGAUUGCAGGUUUGAUUUUCAUAAGUACCACCUUCAUCUUCCUGCAUUUCAGAGGGCUGGGCUAGAUGAACCUUAGGAUUCCUUCCAGCUCUGCAGUUCUAUGAUUCUAACAUCUUUAAGGGUCUGGGGGAGGAGCACACAUCUUGCAUCUCCAGCUUAAAAGAGCUGGAUGAGCAACUUACGAUAACUCCAUUUGGUCAUAUUCUUGGUGCAUGUAACUCUUCCUGCACCACCUUCCUCCAAGGGGGACUUUAGCAGCGACUACUGACCUGCACUGACAACUGACCUGGAUCCUGUGCCUUGGAUUUCAACCUUUUUAUUUGGCUAAGUGCUAGUGCAGUGCACAAGAAUAAAAUGGCAACAAAGGCAAUAGAUAGAAAUGUGGAGAGAGGAGGAAAAACCAAGCCCAUUCAGGUAGGACAUCUUUCCUGCUUGUACAUUGAAGUUAUAUAAUGACUUGGGUGGAGUCGGGAUUGCAGAAGACAGUUCGGAGUGGGGAGGAGCCAAUGACAAUUUGUCCCAGGUGAGCUUAUGAGGCCUUGCUGUCUUACCCUUCUCUCUGAUGUGGCCUGCUGACAUGGCGGCCUGGGAUUGGUACGCUUGGAAGGGGAGGAGCUCCAUUUAGUGAGUUCGUAGUGAAUUUGCACUUUUUGGGGGGGGGGGGAGUGAGGGAGAGAGAAUGAAGCUAACUAUAUUCUUUGUUUCUCAAGUGGUGGUGGGAGUGUAUCCCAACCUCAAAGAAGCCAUUAUAAAUACAUCCAAAUAAUUUGCAGCUAAUCCCCAGGGUGCAAUUUUAUGCAUUUCACGUUAUUUCCUGAAAAUGCACGACCAAUAUACAGGCCCUUCAGACAGUGUUCAAUAAAAAACCCCUCAAAGCUUGCUAUUAAACGGCUGGAGUUGGAUCCCAGGAAACAUGUCUCUUGUCACGCAUUCCAUUUAAAACUGCAACAUUUUCUGGUAGUGAAAAGUCCAAGGGAAUGCAUAUGUGGUUAGUGCAACACGUGCAAAACUGAUGCUACAAAUUGUCUGUUGGCUUCUUAGAAAUAAUCCAUAUCAUGACGAUUACUCCAUUGUCUCUUGAGACAGACAGAUGCCAACAGCAACAUCAAUGGAUUGACAACUGAAUAUUGAAGGUUAAGUUGCAGCCCUAGCUGCAAGGAGAAUAGCAAAGAGGGGUCUGGAUUAUACUCUAAGGCAGGCAUGGCCAAAUGUGGCCCUCCAGAUGUUUUGGGAGUACAGCUCCCAUCAUCCCUAGCUAACAGGACCAGUGGUCAGGGAUGAUGAGGACUGUACUCGCAAAAUACCUGGAGGGCCAAGUUUGGCCGUGCCUGCCUAAGGUGUCUGGAAUGCCUUUCUUCAUAACAACACUCAAAAUAAAUAAGAUAAACAACUUGUUCUUAAUAAGUAUGACAAAUAAACAUACUGAAAUCAUGUUCCAUUUUAUUUGAGGCACUGGAUAAAUUUAGGAUAGCUUCCCCUGCUUCUGUACAGGAACUAAAGAGGCCAGAAUCAAUGUGAGCUGAUAAGAUGAUGUAAAUUUGUGUUGGGCUUGCAUUUCAAGGGAUCGAACAGAUGAAUGUUUCCCCACUGUUGGGUUGGAUAGAGGCUUGACAUCCGAAAGUGAGAUCUCUAAUCUGAUCUGGUAGAUGAGAGUAAGUGGGCCCAAGAAGCUAAAAUUUAUUUCAAAAGUUUAAUUUUAAAUGUAUUGGCAGAAGAUAAGUGAAUGGAUUUUAGUUCAUGAAGAAUGUGAGCAAAAAGCAAGCAAGCAAGCUGAGAUUCUUCUUCAAAGGGCACCAUGUUCUGUGAGCCUUCUGUGCCCCUACAGAAUUGUGGCAUCCAUGCCAGCAACUUAGUAAUGGCUGCCUUUCUUCCAGACAACCUGA